AACAAAUAUUACGCUUAUUUUUCUACCACUUGAUAUCCAAAUGUGGAAAUUAUUUCACAAUGGAGAAUUAUCUUCUAACUUCAAUCCUGUCUCUCAUCUUUGCCAGCAAAUGUUUUGCUUUUUUGUAUACCGGCAUGCGCUUCGUCAACAGCGAUAACCAGGAAUGUAAUAACCAGCUGGGCCAAACUCGCCAGGCACUAAACGGAACACGGGAGCGUUUGCGUGUGCAGCAAAACGAAAACGAAAUCCUCAAGACCGAAUUCGAGCGUACCAGUUACUUCAAUCACCAAGCAAAACUAAAAGAACGCCAGCUCCAGACCCAGUUAUUAGAGACACAACGAAAACUGGAACGAGCCGAAGGACUUCUUAACGGCACCGCUGUCAGUUCUGUCAACUGCAGCGAACCUUCAAGAAAUCCGGAAGCAGCGUACAACGGAGAAACAUGGAACCGAAAUUGGGAUCAACGGGAGAACAAUCCGCUCCCUAAAGUAUCCCGAUACCUCUUCCUCCUGCGCCAUGGACACUACGAGUUCAGUGAGCCCGAAGACCAAAUCAGAAUGUCCGCUUUAGGAUCCGCACAAAUGGAAGCCUUAGGUCGCCAUCUCGCCAGUCUGUCCUUUAACUGGUCCCGCGCCUUCGUACAUUCCAGCAAAAUUCGCGCCCAACACGCUGCUCAGUUGGUCGCAAAACAUCUUCCUCAACUGCAAUUGCAAUCGUCAUCUUUACUGUGGAGCGUUGGAGCGAAUGACACAACAAGGCGCCAGCAGGCUUUCGAUACCUUCUUCUACCGCGCCAGUGCCAAUUUAACACAGUCAACCCAUGAAUUGUUUAUGCUGCACAAGAGCACAAUUUAUUAUUUUUUGGACAGAGCAUUACAAAUACCGGCAGAAACACUGCAGAUGACCUUACCGCAUGGUAGUAUCACCCUCUUGGAGAUUGCACCGGAUGGACGAGUAUUUCUCAAAGAACUCGGCAAUGCGGAAUUCAUGCCGGCCGAUCUAUCUACCACUACCAACUCGAAAUGGGUUUGAGUCGAUUUUCGUUUAACUCGGAAACGGUGUACUGCCAUUUCUUGUCAAACAAAAUCUAUGCGUAAUAAACAAUGUGAGAAUA